UCAUCACAAACCGCUUCCCAAUCAAUUCUCGCUUCAUUUCCCCCUCCGCUCCACCAUAUCACUGGAAGAGGGGGCUUGUGGUGCUCCUCGCUCGCCUGCAGUGGUCGCAGUGGAUGAGGUGGUGGCAAAGGGGCUUCUUUCCCUUCGGCGCCACUGCCCUUUUUCCUUCCCCUGAUCAUCGUCGUCACUCUCUUCACUUCACCGACAACUCACUGCACCCCACAAUAUCUCAUGCUCUCCAACUGAUCUUCAGUUUCCCCACCCCAACUGGUGAGGUCUAUGGCAGGAGAAAACCCCAAAUGCUUCAAAAUUUUGGAGCAAGCCCAGAUGAUGAUUGUCAAGAAGAUCGACUCAGUGCCUUGUCGGACAGCGUCCUCUGCCACAUUCUCUCAUUUGUUCCCACAAAAUUGGCAGCUUCCACAUCCAUUUUGUCCACCAGAUGGAGGUACAUUUUCUUUGGUGUACCCAAACUUGACCUUGAUGAUUCUCUGCUUAUCCAUCCUCAAACACAAGAUGGCUCAAACACAAGAUGGAGGUACAGGGUCAACUUGAAAUGGCUACUGAUACAUACCUCUGCUUUGGUUCUAAAGAGAUACCACUGUGCUUGAAUCAGCAUCUUAGGGAAGUGGAAAUAAAAAAUUUUUCAGGGUUUGACGAGUACGAGUUUGAUAUAGUAAGAUAUCUUCUAAGCAUGGAGCUGUGUUAUAGAAGAUGACUAUUUUCUGCUUCAAUAAGGGAUAUAUCAAAGAAAUGGUCCUCAUCAGCUCGUAAGAAGAUAAUGAAGUUCUCAUUGCGUUCAGAAAGCUGUGAAGUUGUGCUUAUUUUGUUGGUGCUUGUUUGUAUUAACUUUUGGUGAAAAUCAUCACCUAUUAAACUCAAAAUCCUUAUGGUGAUUAUUAAAAAAUAAAUUAACAGCAAAAUUGUGCAAGC